GGAAGGCGGCCAUCAUGGCGGCGGCUGAGGAGAGGCCGCUGCUGGCGGACGAGGCGGCCCGCGGGGGGGACGACGACCACCACGGCGGCGGAGGCCGCGGGGAUCCCCGGCCUCUGCCGGCCCUCUGCGACCCCGCCCGCCUGGCGCACCGCCUCCUCGUCCUGGCGCUCAUGUGCUUCCUGGGCUUCGGCAGCUAUUUUUGCUAUGACAAUCCUGCUGCCCUCCAGACUCAGGUUCAACGGGAUAUGCAUGUGAACACCGCCAAGUUCAUGCUGUUGUAUGCCUGGUAUUCGUGGCCCAAUGUCAUUCUGUGUUUCUUUGGUGGCUUUUUGAUAGACCGAAUAUUUGGAAUACGGUGGGGCACAAUUAUAUUUAGCUGCUUUGUUUGUGUUGGACAGGUGAUUUUUGCCAUGGGGGCUAUAGCUAAUGCUUUUUGGCUGAUGGAAUUUGGCCGAUUUGUAUUUGGAAUUGGUGGAGAGUCCUUAGCUGUUGCCCAGAAUACCUAUGCUGUCAGUUGGUUUAAGGGCAAGGAAUUAAACCUCGUUUUUGGACUCCAGCUUAGCAUGUCUAGAAUAGGGAGCACUGUAAACAUGAAUAUCAUGGGAUGGCUAUAUACUAAAAUUCAAGAUUUAUUGGGCUCUUCCGGUCACAUUACACUUGGAGUCACACUUAUGAUAGGUGGUAUAACGUGCAUCAUCUCACUCUUUUGUGCGCUGGUUCUUGCUUAUUUGGAUCGGAGAGCAGAACGAAUACUUCAUAAGGAACAAGGGAAAACUGGUGAAGUUAUUAAGUUAACUGAUGUAAAAGACUUCUCGUUGCCUCUGUGGCUGAUGUUUCUCAUCUGCGUUUGCUAUUAUGCAGCCAUUUUUCCUUUUAUUGGUCUCGGGAAGGUGUUCUUCAUGGAAAAGUUCGGAUUUUCCUCCCAAGCUGCAAGUGCAAUUAACAGUGUUGUGUACAUCAUAUCAGCUCCCAUGUCUCCCAUCUUUGGAUUCCUGGUGGAUAAAGCAGGAAGGAAUGUUAUCUGGGUGUUGUGUGCGGUCGCGAUCACACUUGCUUCACACGUUAUGUUGGCUUUCACCUUUUGGAAUCCAUGGAUUGCAAUGUGUUUGCUGGGGCUGUCCUAUUCACUUCUUGCCUGUGCGUUGUGGCCAAUGGUUGCUUUUGUGGUUCCUGAACAUCAGCUAGGAACUGCUUAUGGCUUCAUGCAGUCUAUUCAGAAUCUUGGUCUGGCAAUUAUUUCAAUAAUUGCUGGCACAAUCUUGGACACUCGUGGAUAUUUAUUUUUGGAGGUCUUUUUCAUUGCCUGUGUUUCCCUGUCACUUCUUGCUGUGGUUUUACUCUAUUUGGUGAAUCGUGCCCGAGGAGGCAACUUAAAUUAUUCUGCAAGGCAAAGGGAAGAAAUAGCCAAGCUUUCUCACACUGAAUAAGAGACCUCAAUUGUCACUUAUCCAGAAACCAACAGCACAAACAGCAGCACAUCAGUUUGGAAGAAUUUUGAAGUAAACUGUUUAUAGCUUGAUACUUUCCAUUGUGGGACGGCGAGAAACAGUUGAUUGGAAAACACUAUCGUCCUGAAAGCGUCAAAUGGAAAUAAUUACAUCCGUAAGCCCGGUGCACUUUUGGAAGCAAUUUUUCAUUUUUAUUCUUGGAAUAUUUUUCUCGGUGAUUUGCUGAAAACAGGAGCAAUUUUAGAUUAUGCUUUUUGUAUAUGAUGUUUACAAACCAGUUGGACUUCAAGGAAGGCAGCGGAGGUUCAACUCUUCUGUUGAGAUCACGCUCAGUUAAUGAUCUUGACCGGUUUAUUUUUGUAUUGGUAUUUAUUACGCACAAAAAGGAUUAGGGCAUUCCCAAACUUGGAACUCCUACUUGGUCAUGUUUUCCUGUUGUGAAAAUUUUUGAAAUGCCUUAAUGUUUUCAACAAGAACCUCUGAAAUUCAAUGCAAUGUAGUAUAUUUACUGUAUUUUUUUCUGCGUGUGUGUGUGUUGCGGGGGAGGCCACUAAAAUAGGGAAAGUUAUUUUUGAGUAGCCUGGGAAAUCUCUUAAUAUUCCAUAAAGCCACGUCGAGUUUUGUAACGCUAUCUUAUUUCGUCUGUACCUAUUUGGAACUGCUGAACAGUCUCUCUCCUUCCCCCUCCACCCCAAACCCCGGCCGUAACCUGACUUGUACUCAACUCUUUAUACGUUAGGGAUUUCGGUGUUGUUUGUGAAACGUUUUGAACUGAAGUUCUGAUAGCUGAAUAAUAACCUGUUGAUAUGAUGCUUGCACUUUCUUGUACUCAUCUAAUUAAAAACUUGCGAAAAGGAAAA